AUGAACAAAAACGGAACAGCUAAAAUGAAUGAUAAUCAAAUUAGAGCAGAAGGUAGAAGGUUAUUUAAACGCUUCUAUAACAUUCCUGAUGGUGUUAAUCCUAAAACUCGUAGAAGCUAUUUAAAUGAAGCAAUAGAUGCAUAUGAAGGGUUUGACAUUUCAUCAGAAAGUGAGAGGUUAGCAAGAAUGUUAAACGUUAAUAUUGAUUUUUAUUAUUGUGACCCUCAACCAGAAGACGUAGACAUAAAUAAGGUAGACUUUCCAUUAGUGGAAUCAAUAAUGAUAGAUCCAGAAUUUGAAACAGUAAAUAUUUUAUUAACACAGAGUCCAUGUGGAAAACUUCACGCUGACAGAAUUACAGACGUUGAAGCACUCACAGGAUAUAAAGUUUGCCCCUUUUGCAAAGAAGAAGUAUAUUCUAUCCGUGAUGAUCCAGAAAGGAAAAACCAAAGAAGAUUUUUAAAACAUUGUGA